AUGGCGUCCACCGUCAACCUCAACGCCAACAACAGUAAUGUCAACAACAGCAGCUCCCUGGCCUCGAACGGAGCUACUGCGUCUGCUCCUGCGCCCCUAAACUCCGCCGUCUCUCCCAAUACCAUGGCCUCGAGGGCGGCCGGGCGUUCCUCAGCCAAUAUCAAGGGGGGUCACGACCUCGGUCGUCGCCAGUCUGGCAGUCCCGUCGAUGGCGGUCAAAGACGCCCCAGUUCGCAGAAAGCCUGGACGCAGAACAUCAAUCCAGCUACUCAGAAACAGCCCAACACAUAUACACAGCAAAACGGAGCCGCCUCGGGGAGGAAGUCCGUCAUCUCUCCCAGCCCGGCCUCCAAGGAGUCCUCCACUCCCGACCAGCACGCACACGACCGUCUCAUCUUCCUCCUUACGGCCGCCAUCGGGAGCAAUGUAUCCCUUACCAUGAAAGAUGGCGAAAAGUUCGCUGGCAUCUUCUCCGGCUCAACCCUAGAGUCCAAUGAAACCAUACUAAUCCUCAAGAUGGCCCGCCACCCGCCCUCAGUGUCAGAUUCCUCUUCUUCUCCUUCUACCGCUGCUACUACACAAUCGAACGGCGUCAGCCAAAGUGAAUCUCCCUACGUUGGCUCCGGCCCAGACCACCAAUUUUCCGUCAUGUCCAGGAUAUCACCUGUUUGGACAUCCAAUCCCUAUCAACGGCCGGAGUGGCAGCCAAGGACCAGAAAUGGUGCAUCCUCUGGAUUCCGUACAGAUACAGACAUCUCCGGCAACCAGCCAGGCCGUGAGAGACAGCUGCAACGCUGGGAACCAAGUGGCUCUGAUGCAACCCUCGACUGGGCUCCAGAGAGCUCUGGAACGGCUGGCUGGGACCAGUUCGAGACCAAUGCUCGACUCUUCGGGGCCACCUCUAGCUACGACGAAAACAUCUAUACCACUCGCAUCGACCGUUCAGAUCCAUCCUACAAGCGCAAGGAAGCCGAAGCCGCCAGAAUCGCCCGUGAGAUCGAAUCCACCGACACCGAUAACGCCCACAUGCGCGAGGAGCGAGGCCAUACCCACCAACACGAUGACGCCGAUGAAGAAGCAAAGUACUCCGGUGUCAGACGUGACGUCGUUGCUCCCUUGCCCACCGGACAGCCCAACAAGUACAUGCCUCCCGCUCGACGACCUCCUACCGGCCAGCCAACGGUUCCCAGUGCUCCCGUCGACCCUGCCAUCAUCUCCGCCCAGCUUGCUCGCCCGGACAGCCAUGCCAAAGCUUCUACCCCUGCUUCUCAGCCAAAGGAGGCUCCCUCAGGCAAGGCUGCCGCCCAGCCGGAGAAAGAAAAGGAGAAGGCGUCCACAGCUGUCCCCAAGGCUACUGCUGAGGCUCUCAAGACCGUUGCAAGUAACGGCGCAAUUGAGGCUGAGCGCAAGGCCGCCGCGGCUGCGGGCGCUUCUUCUCAGCCGUCUGCCGCCUCAUCCACUCCACGCACCGGCGCCGAGAAUGCUGCCUCCAACGUUGAAACUGAAGUACUCGAUCAUUUCCGGCGAUUUGCCAACGACGAAAAGAUGAAACUUCAAGAACGGCGACGCAACCAGGCAUCAUACGACCGAACGAUCAAACUCAACGAACUAAUGAAAUUUUCCAAGAACUUCAAGCUGGGCACCCCCGUCCCCAAGGAUUUGGUUCCCAUCCUUGCCAAGGAUCCUAGCAAACAGGAGGAGAUCAUCGAGCGCGCAAAGAGACAACACGAAGAAAAGAAUGCUGCCAUGCCAAACAAACCGUCCACUGCCACCCCCGCUACCUCGUCCGUCUCCAGUAACGCUACCGCAGAUGCAAAGCCAGCUACCCGCAACUCCGCAACUCCUCGUUACGAAGGCGGCAACGGUCUCCCUGGAGCUGCUCCUGACCGUCAAGGAGGUUACGGCCGUGGUGGCCGUCAGGGUUACCCUCCCAUGGGCCCCCACGCCGGACGCCAGCUUCAGCACCCAGGAGGCCACCCAGGACGCGGCGGACCAGGUUUGCUCAGCCAUCGUUUGGUCGAGAUCCAGCAGCAGCGCAAAGGCGCAAACAUGGGGCCUUCCCCGGCACCGUUGCCCACCCAAGACGCCCGCAUGCAACAGCACCACCAGCAACAACCACAACAACCAUCAUCACAGCAUCAACAACCACCAGCUAGCUCUGCAGGUGACCAAGGACCAAGCAACGGCCCUCCAAAGGCUGCCACUCAUACCCCUACAUCUUCCUCUGCAUCAACCAAAUUCAACGUUCGUGCUAUGGAGUUCAAGCCCAACCCAGCCGCAAGUACCUUCACCCCUGCUAGUGCCGCAGGUAGCUCGUCCGCCGCUACGCCUGUAAACACCCGUCCCCAGUCUGUCCCCAGAGCAACGAGCCCCACGGCCUUUUUUGGCUCCAAGAAGCCUCUCCCAGCGUCUGAACGGCCCCUGAUUGUCAACGGCUUCAACCCUGUAAAGCGCAUGAAGAAAGAAGCCACUGAUGCCGGAUCUAAGGAUUACGCCUUUAACGGAGGUAUUCCGCCAGCUUACAGAACUGCUCCCACCUGGGACGUCUCCGCCAUCAACGAAAAGAAGACAUAUGCGGACAUGUUCAAGCCUCCAGUAGUCGCUGCAUCUGCCUCUCCGCAAUCCCGAGCAUUGAAUGCUCAGAUCCCUCACCAGCAGCAACUGCCGUACCAUAUCCAGCAUGCAGGCCAUAACAUGCCGCCACAAAAUGCUCCACCAACUCAUCUUAUCCCUCCACAGCAGCCUCCUAUGCAUUAUGACGACCACCAUCGCAUGCAAAUGUCUGCAUCUUCUUCUCAAGUGUUCCCUUCCCCGCGACUGCAACACAGCACCCCCAUGGCAUACCAGCACUCUGUUGGCCCACAUAAUCAAAUGGCCAUGCAUGGUGUACCCCCGUACUACCCUCAGCCCGGCCAUGUGCGUCAUUACCCCAACGGACCGCAAUUCUCGAACCCGCCCACCGCUGCUCCCAUGAUGGCCCAGACUUCAAACGGACCGUAUAUGAAUAUGCCACCGCAGAGCAUGACCCCGUACAACCCUCCUAUGCAGAUGUUCUCCCCAAACCCAAGCCACGUCUACCCACAGCAUGCUCCUCCAAUGCAAACACAUAGCGGGUACCCAAGCCCUAGCCGUGGCGCGCCCAUGAUGAUGCACCAGGGCUCUCAGCAAGGACCUCCUCCCCAGCCUAUGAUGGCCAUGAACGGACAGCAAGGGCAAGGCUAUUACCCCCCCCAACAACCCGGCCAUAUGCCACCAAUGCGUCCCGGUCACCACCAGCAGCACCCUCACUUUGCCUCUAGCCCGCAUCAAGCACACAACUACCCGCACCACCAAUACCGCAAUCAAGCCCAAAACAAUAAUAACAAUAACAACAACUUCAAUCAAAUGCCCCAUGGGCCUCCACCACCCAUGCAACCACAAGGCGGUCCACCUCCCGCCGCUACCCCAAGUACCCACCCAACCGAAGCACCCGAAGAGGUGAAGUGA